AUGGCCCGGGGCGGCAUCGGAAAAAAGACGUCCAAGAAGUGGAAGAACAGGGUCAAUGAUUCCAAGCUGUCGAUUGAGCUGGACCGUCUCCUCGUCGGCGAUGAUGCAUCCGCUGCCUCGAUACAGCAGUCCCACGCCAUAUACCGUAUACAACACCCCUUGCGAGCAGUACUUCACAGCAUUCCCGGCUUCACUUACGAUACCGAACUCGACAACGUCACGUUUAGGAAGCAUAAGCGUGUCUUGUUCGGGAUCGAGGGACUUGUGGAGGAAGGUGGAAGGGACGCCGCUAAGGAAUGGCUCGAGGGCUUUCUUGUGCUCGCGUUUGAAACCAUGCUUAAGGUCUUGAAGAGCUACCCACUGUGCAGAGACUUGGACGAUGUUCCUAAUGGGUCUGUGAUUGUUGCCAGGGACGUGGAAAAGGCUAUCACUAAGCUGCCGUGCCCAUCUAGCUUAAGGGCUCGACGAGCCAUGGAGAGGCGGCUUUCUCAAAGUUACGACCUGAUGAAGCUGGUGGAGUGGACCAUCAGAGCGCGUCAACGUUUUUUGGAGCAAAAACCCAAAAUCAUGCCUGGAUUCGGUGUCUUUGGGCAUGUCACGACAGAGGAGGGGACCGAUUUGGAGAAGCGACUAUGGGCGGUCGUUGAUACCCGGAGAAGAUGA